AUGACACCACCACAUACUUUAAAAAGAAAAAGCUCCUUUUAUGAUGUCAGACAAUGUAAACGACUGGUCGCACCACCUUCACCUCCAACCACAAUAUCGUCUAUUGUUCAUCACGAUGACGCUGUACAUAUCGAUCAGUUUGAAUUGAUCAAGGUACUGGGUAAAGGAGCAACAGGCAAGGUGAUCCUUGUGAAAAGACAAGCCAAGUUGUAUGCACUAAAAACAAUUAAUAAAUCGUGGAACAUUACGACGAGAGAGGUCAACCAUAUCAAGAUGGAAAGAGACAUCCUGGCUACUGUCUCUGACCUAAGACAUCCAUUCUUAAUUCAACUUCAUUGGGCAUUUCAAGAUAUGCAGAAUUUAUACCUUGUGUUGGAUUAUCACGCUGGGGCUGAUUUAGCCACUUUACUUCAAAGGUUCAUCUGUUUUCCCAAGGAACAAUGUAGACUCUAUUGUGCUGAAAUCGUCAUGGGCCUUCAAGAAUUACAUAGACAUCACAUACUCUACAGAGACUUGAAACCUGAAAAUGUGCUAUUGGCCAGUGAUGGUCACAUUGUAUUAACUGAUUUCGGUCUAUCGAAAAUGUUUAGCGAUAAUGAAGAGCAUCGUACGACGACUUAUUGUGGCACACCAGAAUAUUUAGCGCCGGAAAUUAUUCUUCAAGAGGAAGAGUAUUCUUAUGCUGCCGAUUAUUGGAGCCUUGGAACAAUGCUAUACGAAAUGAUCACAGGUAUCACACCGUUUGGUGCUCCCACUCCAGACGAAAUGUACGAACGAGUCCUCUAUGACGACUUGCUCUUUCCUGCUCACUUUGAUCCCGAAGCGAUGGACUUGAUCGCUGGUUUAUUAGAGCGUGAUCCGUUCUUACGGCUAGGCUCUGGUGUUAGUGGUGUGUUUGAGAUCAGGACUCAUCCUUACUUUAUCAAUCAUCUAAACUGGAAAGAUGUCUAUGCAAAAAGGGUGAAACCGAUGUAUGUACCUUUGACAUCAUCCGAGACAGAUCUCAGUAAUUUUGAUCCAGAUUUUCUACGCAUGUCUACUCACAUCAAGGAAGAGAAUGAUGAAGCGAUCCUAUUACGUCAAAAGUAUUUACCCGAACACUGUCCAGCUGGCUUGACAGAGAAUGCGUUCCGAGGUUAUUCUUUUAUUCGACAGAGCGAUGGCAUGGUCAACCAGAAUGAAUCAGAGUUUACUUUCUUUAGUAGUAAUUACUUGGAUCAAGAUGAUGAAGAUGACACUGCCUACCGUCAUAUCUCGGAUGCGUCAUUUGUAUCCAUAAAAAAGCCUUUCAGAACUUCAUUUAUAGAUUACUCACAUGAAGAUAUGGAUGUUGUAUCCUUGUAG